UAGGGUACAGCUUCCUUAAUAAGUGACGUCAAGGGAGCCGCGAUCAGCGCGCAUGCGCGCCAAAGCAGAGCGGCAGCCGCAGCACGGAGCGGUGUGCGAAACAACAGCAGACAUGGCAAGAGAUGGCGAGGGACGCGAGCACACCGACACCAUGCACUACUGAAGGGACGGGGGCCAUAACAUUUCCAAAAAAUUACAAAACUUUAUAAAACCGAAAAAGGAAAGAAAAACCAAUCAGAAAACAACGCAAAGAAAAUUACUCAAGAUAAUAACAGAACUUUUCCAAUGAGAGCACUUCUGUGUACACUGCUCCGCUAUAUCAGAUAGAUGAUUUGUCCACACGCUUGCACGUAUAAUGAACGCCCAGCUGUCGAUGGAGAACAUUGGCGAUCUGCACGGAGUGAGCCAUGAAAGCGCGGCGGAUCUCAUGACCGGAGACAGCGCUCAUCACAGGAGCCAUCGGAGCAGUCUGGCAGCCCAUGCGCGCUCCAUGGGCAUGGCAUCAAUCCUGGACAGCGGCGACUAUCAUCACCACCGGCCCCCGGAGCACCCCGGGCUCGCCACGCACCUGCACCCGGCUAUGAGCAUGGCGUGCGAGGCUCCCCCCGGGAUGAGCAUGAGCAGCACUUACACCACCCUUACCCCGCUGCAGUCCUUACCGCCCAUCUCCACCGUCUCCGACAAAUUCCCGCACCACCAUCAUCACCACCACCACCACCAUCAUCACCCGCACCAAAGGAUCCCGGGGAACGUCAGCGGGAGCUUCACCUUGAUGAGGGACGAUAGGGGUCUGGCCCCAAUGAACAACCUCUACUCUCCCUACCACAAGGAUAUGGCCAGCAUGGGACAGAGCCUAUCACCGCUGUCUGGAUCCGGACUGAGCGGCAUUCACAACUCCCAGCAGGGGCUGCCGCCCUACGCGCACCCCGGGGCCACAAUGCCCGCCGAGAAGAUGCUCACUCCCAACGGAUUCGAGGCACAUCACCCCGCGAUGUUGGCUCGACACGGGGAGCAGCACAUGAGCGCGUCAUCGGCGAGCAUGGUGCAGAUCAACGGCAUCCACCAUCACCCGCACACUCAUCUCAACGUCCAGGGACACGGGCAGGGCUCCACUCGGGAGCUGAACCACUCAUCCGCGCCCGGAUCGCAGCUCAACAACGGCAGCAGUUCGGGACAGAUGGAAGAGGUCAAUACCAAAGAAGUGGCACAGAGGAUCACCACGGAACUGAAAAGAUACAGCAUCCCACAGGCCAUCUUCGCCCAGAGGGUGCUGUGCCGCUCGCAAGGGACGCUUUCGGACCUGCUCCGGAACCCUAAGCCCUGGAGCAAACUUAAGUCUGGCCGGGAAACCUUCCGCAGGAUGUGGAAAUGGUUGCAGGAGCCUGAGUUCCAGAGAAUGUCCGCGCUCAGGCUCGCAGGUGAGAGAACAAUAGCAUGCAAGAGAAAGGAGCAGGAGCAUGGUAAAAGUGAGCGAGGGAGCAUCUCCAAGAAGCCCCGGCUGGUCUUCACUGAUGUUCAGCGUCGGACUUUACAUGCAAUAUUCAAAGAGAACAAGCGACCAUCCAAAGAGUUACAAAUUACCAUCUCUCAGCAGCUGGGCCUGGAGCUCACCACCGUCAGCAACUUCUUCAUGAACGCGCGUCGACGGAGCCUCGAUAAGUGGCUGGAUGACUGCAGCUCCAACUCGGCCAACUCUUCCUCCUCCAGCACUUGUACCAAAGCAUGAUGGAGUAGUGGCUGCAUCAUGGAAAAAAAUCUUCGGUGGAAAAGCUUUAAAUAAGGAAACGAGACAAUUUUAGACAGCGUUUGCCCUUAAAACUUGUACAGUACUGAUAUUUAUAAUGUCCAAAGAAAAACACCAAAGACUGCUUUGACUCCCAUUUAGGACUUUCUUCGUUUAUGUCUGACAUUCUGCAAAAAAAAAAAAGAAUAAGAAGAAGAAGUAAAACACCAAUCACUGGUCGUUCCUCAUCCCAAAACACUCCCCUAACCUGCGUCUUUCUUUCUCAUGUGAUCAGUUGCUUUCAAAGACUUUUUCUCAUCAAUGUUUGCUCAUUAUCUUGAACGUGGAGUGAGUGUUAUUCACUCUGAUGUCAGAUUCCAGAUUUUGCGACGUCAUUGAGGGUGUAAAGACCUGACGUCACACAAUCACCUCUAUUGGCAUCCCAGAUCUAGCCAGGGAUGCCAAAGAUAAUCAGGUGGUGGUGUAGAAUCUUGACUGAAUGUCACCCUCAGGAUAGUGCUUUCUUCCUAAUUGUUGGAAAAGUUACAUAGGAACCUAAAAAUACAUGUGAAAUUGCCAUCUUCACUACUUAUCAAUCACAGAUGGUAGAACCAAAGAAACACAUGUAUUUUGUUUUGUUUAGAUUUUUUAAAUCAGGCCAGACUUUAUUUAUUCCUCUUAAUAAACCCCGUGACCUUUCUAUUCAGGUAACUCAGUAAAUGUAACAUGGACUGUGGAUUCUGUAGCCAUUUAACGUAUAAUUUGUUUUCCUGUUUGUCCUAAAACAAGCUCAAUCAGUAGCCAAACAUGUCUCUGUGAGGACACACCUGUGCCCGCACCCCAUUCCUGCCUCAGUCCUUUCUUGUGAUUAUUUCAGGGAGAUUUUUGCUAGCUUUAACCUGCCUUUUUACCUUAAUUUUAAAUAUUUCAAUGCCAGUUGCUGAAAACCAAAGAUAAACUUACACUAACCAGCACCAUUUUACACCCAUAUACAUCAGUCAAACACAGCUUUUAAGUAGAAAUCAUUUUUAUGAGUUUUGCAGACUCAAUAAUGAGUCUGCAAAGAACUUUAAUGAGCCUGAAGAGAUGUCUGGGUUAAAAAACUCAACACAGGGUUUUCAUCGUUUGUCACAAUAAGCUUCGUCUGGAGCAAAUGCACACGCAUUUUAAUUGUCAUUAGAGGAAGAAGGAGGAAAUCCAAGUUGUUUUGUGUUACAUUUCAUUUCAAACUUUUAUUGCAUACAAUCAAAUUGAGCAUCUUUAUAAUGUUAAUGUACAAAAAAAAUGUUUGAUUGACUGGUUGCUGUCAGCAUGCUUUCACAAACCCAUAUGCCUUGUGCUGUCAUAUUAGAUACAUUGGGCUCAUAUUCCAUUAAGCUCAUGACAGAAGGCUAUUUCUUUGCCUAAUGCAUCAUUUUCACUUCAUCGACCAUCAACACCACCGCAGUGUCCCCAUCCGGGCCUGAACCCAAUACUCCAGUUAGAGAGAGGGAGCGCAUUCUAUGCAUUUCACAACUAGGAAGAAAGCAUUAUGGGGACUGAAGCAGGGUGAUGCAUUUGCUUCAUAUCAUAGACUCACUCAAACUCACAAGAUAUCUGGCCUUGUUGUCUCUUGUGGUGUGUUCUAGCUUUAAAAAUAUAUUUGGUAUUUACAACUAUUACAACAUUGAAGCAUAUAUAAAAGAGUGCUGCUUCCUCAUGUAGAAAAGAAGAAAAAAAAGAAAAAAAAAAAACAUGUUAAGACCUGCUGAUAUUUAUAGUGUGAACCAAAGAUGCUACCUCAGUCCGUUUCCAUUCGUAAUUUUUAUCAAUGUAAUGAUACCAAAGAAUACCAAAGAUUUGUUCUCUUUGCACGGCCUAAAUGAAUGAUAAGGUGGAUGGAUAGAUGGUGUGUUUCCACUCCUUUCCCCCUGUUUCCUUCUCUCCUUCGCUCGAAUGCUCUCUACCACUCAUCCGUUCUCAUGUAACAGUACCCUCGGCAGACAUGUGUUAAACUCACAGGACGAGUGCCUUGCUUGAACCAAAGUGUUAAACCACCGUUGACCUCUCAACACCCACCUUUUAACUUUCGGAAUACCUCAGCCUGUGGAAGGGCCACUGAUGAAGAAAAAAAAUGGAAUAUUUCUUCUCUCUCACCGUGGUGCUUUUGCCAGUGCAACCAUGCAAUGAAAACAUACCAAAGGAAUUUCUCUCGCUUUCUCCAACUCUUGCUGACAAACCAAAGCUCCUGCCACCUCCCUUUCAAACGCCCUGCCAAAUCUGCCACUUGCCCCGCCCCCUCACCACAUCACCCGUGGGUGUGUCCACCGAUUAGGCCGCGCACGUCUUUACCAAUAUCUGAAUACCUCAUAGUAAUAAAUUUUCACAGUUAUGUUGUAUAGAGAGUUUAUGUGAUUAAGGCAGAACUGAAAUAGUUUGGUAAUCAUUGACGUGACUUUGGAAAAAAAAAAGCUUUAUGAGUAUUUAUUUUGAUGGUUUUGGCUAAAGUGCUCUGUUUUGGUCCUCAAAGGCGAGUUUCUGUGAUAACAGACUGAAACGUGCAGGAAGGAAAAGAAGCUUAUUUUUUAUUAAAGCCUUGUGUUAUUCCGAUACUCUAAGGAUGUUUGACUAUUCUUUUUUUUUACAGGGUAAAACCAACUGCUGUGAUUCUGAGUCUAUUCGUUCACUUUCUUCUACUACUGCGUUUGUGGUUUCCGUUAAUUUAAUAGCAUUUUUGUAUCACUUAACCUAUGUUUUAAUUUAUGUAUUUGUAGAAAAUAUAGAUUUGUACAUAGUAGUUUUUUGGGGGAAAACAAAACAAACAAAAAACAAACAAACAAAAAAUGGACAUUUAUUUUAUUUUACAGUCUGAGGUGUAGAUAUAUUGAUGAAUUUACAUUCCUCAGUGUUUGUAUGAUAGAUGGCACUUUGGCCAAUGUACUAAUGUACUGCUAGAGAUCCGAACGGUCCGUUCACAGAGACCUCCGGGGGAAAAUAAGCAGUGUAUGAUGUUUUUAUUUGAAUUUGUUUUUUGUUUUGUUUUUUAUUUAAAUGUCCAGAAUGUUUUUGUCUUUUGUAUUUCAAAUCAUUGAUUUAUUGGUAUUGCCGCACAUCCAAAGAUUUUCUAACCAAAACCAAAG